AUGGACCGACGCGCUCCGCGUCCUGCUAUUGGUCUGGCGCAUCUCGGCCGUCACUUGGUCCGCUCGGCGCUUGCGGGAGCGAUCAAGUUCAACCACCCGAUUGGCCGCUACGGCUUCAUGUGCGAUGAAGUCACACAACUGCGAAACCGGAAGAGCGACCCCAACUUCAAGGAGCUCUCACCGGUCGACACGGAGCUGGCGGACGUUCUCGUCAAGACGGGACGAUACGAUGUGGCUCUCACGAGACUCAAGACUCUUCGUGGGUGCCUGCGGUCCAUUCGACGCCUCAUUUAUCGGUAG